UGAGGUUACUUUGUGAGUCACACCUGAUUUUAUAACUCUUUUUGCCGUGGUUGUUAAUGAAUCCCUGCAGUUAUUAAGUGAAUCAUGCCAUCAUUAAAUUAAUCCCGCUUCCCCUAUUAACUUUGCUGUUUGGAAACCAGCUGGAAAGAUGGCAAACGGCAAUCACCUAACCCUGGGCCGUGCAGCUAUUGUAAAUGCAUCCCUGUUGCCAAGCGCCUACAUUGUGAUCAUGUGUCCAUCAGGGUGGUGUGAUGAGUGCAAGAAUUUGUUUUCAGUCACUUUUUUCAGUGCCGUCGGAAAUUCAAACUAAAUUCAUAACCAAUUGUUUGUAAGUUCUAGGAUUAACUGCAGGUGUAGGAGGUUGUUUCUCAUGCAAUAAAUAAAAUAUUGCUAACUGUAAUAUUCCAUAGAUUGAAAAGGAAAACAGUUUAAAAACAAAAAUAAGUUAAACAAAGCUUUAAAAUGGGGAAAUUAUAAACAGGAGUUAGGAGAAACUACAGCACAGGGGUGUCAAACUCGCGGCAUCACGAAGGCAUCCCGUGACAUAUUGGGACUUCUCCCCUUUUGCCAAAUUGGGCAUGGGUGUGGUCAGCAUGUGACGCAUCUGGCCCGCAGGUUGUGAGUUGGACACCACCUGCUGUAGGAAGAUGCUGUCAUGUCACCGUGCCCUCCCCGACACUUUCCUAUAAGUUAUGGGACAAAAUACGUAUUUCCAGAUGUAGUGCUUAGGGGAGCUUUUCACUAUAAUUUUGUCUAAGUGAAAUGUGUAAUGGAAAAUUGUCACAAAUGAUUUUUAUCAAGAAAAAUUUAAUAACCUAGAAAAACACAGGAAAUAGAUUUAUUGCCCUAUACAUGUGUACUUUGUUGUUGUUGUUGUUCCACACUUAACACUUUAUCUUGUUAUUUUUUUUCUAGGAUAAAGACUUCUUGAAACCAUUAUUGCAUAAAAUUCAUGUGAAUCCACCAGCAGAGGUUUCUACAACGUUAAAAGUCUAUCAAGGGCAUGCUCUUGAAAAAGCCUACAUGGGCGAAGACUUUUUUUGGGCUAUUACACCAGUUGCUGGAGAUUAUAUCUUGUUUAAAUUUGACAAGCCAGCUAAUCUAGAAAGAUUCCUGUUUCAUAGUGGCAAUCCAGAACACCCAGGAGAUAUAUUGGUCAAUACAACUGUGGAAGUAUUACCUCUUAGGAAUAAAGAGCUGGUAUUAAGCAAAGAAACCAAAGAGAAACGGUUAGAAGAUGGUUAUUUCAGAAUAGGCAAAUUUGAAAAUGGCAAAGCAGAAGGAAUAGUCAGUCCCAAUCUAAAUCCAAUUACAGCUGUCCGGCUGUUCAUCAUACAAAAUUCAUCCGUCUGGGCAAUUAUAAAUGAGAUUCAUAUUAAAAAACUCCCCAACUGAUCAAUAUUGAAGAAGUAAGAAGACAGAUUUUGAACACUUUUGCAAAAUCGUCCAAACUGCAGAAGAAAGAUAUUGAGUAUGCACCUUAAUUCAACUCAAAUUUCUCACUGAAACACUACCUCCCGUGAAUUCUACUGUAAUUGAGAAUAAAGACUCAGCAAGAAGGAUUUAUUACAACGUAGAAACUGAUAUUCACCUGGCAUUCUUUAUCUAGAUUAAUAAUUUGAACAUGACUUUGGUUGGCUAGGGAGCACAUAAAUUCUCCUUGGUCUAUCCAAUGGCAAUGGGUUAAGAACAUAAAAGGUGUACAUAUUGUUACAUUCCUUGGAAAUGAGAAAAAGGUGUUAAAAUGCAUUUUAUGAAGAGGGUACUUUUCGAAAGUCCAUUUAUUUUGUUAUUGAAAACCCUCUUUUAUAGAUUAUCAGGGAUAUAUAUUCAAAAAUUUUAGGGUAUUUAAUUUAUUAAAUAAUUUGAAAAGUACAUAUUUUUAUGCCAAUAAUAACUUGAUUAAGUUUUUUUUUAAUGUAUUAUCUUACUUCUUGAGUUAACUGUACAUUUUACUUGGUUAAUGAUCAUAUUUUGUAAUAUAUUGCCAUGUUUAAAAGAGUUAAACUGAAUUUGCCAAUGAAGCACUUUUGUACCAGACCAGAUUCUCCUGCACAAAUUCCACUGAAAAAAAGAAGUGUUUCCACAGAAGAACAUCUUCAUGAGAGAUUCACAGAAUCACAUAUGGUGUUCAAAGAUACAAACAUGGCAUGUGAGGACUUUGAAGAACAUUACCUAUGAUUUUCAUAGCCCUGGAAUUAAGGAAUUUUAUAUUUCAAUAGAGUGAAUGAAGUCUGCAGCAAUUUAAAGUUUGAAUCAUUCCCCAUUAAAGGGGUACUUUGAUAACAGGUUGUUCUUUUUUAAUCUUUGUAAAGUUUUCUUCAAUGCAAUCAGCCAAGUUGCUCCUUUGGAUAGCAAUGCCUUCUGAAAUCAACUUUUGUUUUGUUUUGCAUUCCCUUUUCAAUGAACUCUGCUCAGUGCUUUUGAAUGAUUUAAUUUAGCAUUCUGUUAGGAAUAAUGGAAUAGAUACACAGUAACCUCAGCUGAGCUUUUAUAAUUGUAACUUUGUCAGUUCUUAAAUGUGGAAAUGAUUUCUAUUUCUUAAGAUCCAGCUUCUGCUUAAAAGCAUUGCACUCCAAUUGACUGAAGCAAGACUUCCGUGAUCUAAAUGCUUGUUGUCUUUUGUAUUUCAAAGAAAAAAGAUGUUUGCUUGGUCAGUAGCCUUGAAGAGAGGCAAUUCAAGCACUUUGUGCUCCGUAGCACAGAAAACAUGCAAUAGUAUAGUAAUAAUAAUAACAAAAAAAAAUCUUAUCUAACUCCAGCCAAGUUAUGAAAAGCAAAGCUUUUUUAAAAUUACCUGUGACUCACAUAGGUAAAUCUUCAAUAGUGAUAGCUUGUAUUGUGAGUUAAUUCUUAGAUAUUUCUGUGUCUCGGAUGUAAGUUUUUGCCAAAAAUCAGUGUCUCUCUUGCCUUCUAUCAAAUAUAGAAAUGAUUUGUAAUGUAUUGAAGGGAUUGGAUAUCUGUUUUCUAUAUGAGUCUAUGAAGUCCAACUGCUUCUAAAGAAAAAAAAAGAUCCCAGUAUGAAAAAAUACUUGAAUUGUUUCAAAUUAUUCAAGACUUGAGAUUGCUUUGAUUUUAAUUAGAUGGGACCUUAUAUAAUAAUGAAAUAGUUUUGCUGAAAUUAUUUGUUGGUUGGGGAUGUAUGCAUACAGAAGUGCUUGUAUGACAUACUAGCUAAGUUAUGAAUUUGAAUAUUACUACUUCUAUAAAAUUAAGGGAUGGCGUGUACUGAUUCCAAAAUGGAAGGAAUAGUAAUAAUGGCCUAUUUUACAGACAUAUAUUAAAUUAAUGAAAAACUCUGGCUCCUAAAUGUUCUAUAAAUCUUAAAUGUUAAAAUUAUUUUUAAAUAACCUGUAAGCUGCCUGUAAUUCUGAACACUUAUUGAAUGUGUAUUUAAUAUUGACAUGCCAUGUUGAGGUGGGUGGGUUGGGUAUGGGGUAUUUAUGAUAAACUUAAUAAUGAUAAUCAAGAAUACCAUUUUCCUACACAAAAAUAAGGUUGGGUAGGAAAAACAUAGAGAAUUGGUGAGAAACUGUUCAAAAUAUGUACCUUUUCUUUAUAUGGAAAAUGAAAUAAUAUGUAUGAAAAUAUUCAUUUUCGUAUUUUAAGUUUGCCACGAAUAAGUUGUAAAGCUAUAUAAUCACUUGUCCUAGCUCAAGCUAAUAUAGCAGAUCCAUGAUAUGAGUCUCUGCUUCAUAAAUGUAAGAUUUUCUAUCCCCAGCAGUUUAUUCCAUUGCAGUUUGUGUAGGUUUAUUAACCUUUUGUAUUUAAUUUAAAAAUUAGUCUGAAUCUUAGAUCUAAAUGUAAUUUGCUGUUCUCUUCUAAAGACCAAUAGAUCAUUUCCUCCCAUUGAAUGUAUGGUCUUUGAGGAAAGUUUCUCUCUCCAAAAUCAGUAGCCAAUUGACUUAACAGUAACCUAGAAAUCAAAAGUGAUGUUCUCCAAUGCAACUUUAGGCAUACUUAGUCAGAUGCAAUAUUUCCUGUAUUCAGUAGUAUUCUACUUUGCAGUAUUACAGUUGUAAUGUUUUAAUCCUUAACUUUAAACCUCUCAAUAGACAACUGACUUAGGUAUAAACCAUUCCAUGUAAUAAAGAAUUGCACAGAUAAGGAGAUACACUAGCAAAGUGUUCCUGUAUUGCCAACUGGAAAUGAGAAAAAUGAAUGUCAAUUCUUUAUACUGCCAGCUUUAAAGAGCCAACAGGCUGAGGAUAAAUCAGGUAGUAAUGCCCAUCCCCUAAAGCAAUUUGCCAGUUGUAUAAGGAUAUCUAAAUGGACCAAUAAACUUCUAGGUCAAUUAAUGCUCUAAUGCUCCCCUCUCUCAGCACAGGAAGGAGGCAAUAGCAAUCCAGUUCUGAAAUCUUGCUAAGAAAAUUGCAAAGACUUGUCCAGGCAAUCAGCAAUUAUCAGUAUAAUACUGAUUUAAAGGUCAGAUGCAAACAAAAAAGAGUAUGCAUUGCGUUGGUGCUUAGAAUAAUAUCACUGAAUGGAAUAUGCAAAAAGCUUAUUGCUUUCCAAUAACUACGUGGCUAUUUCAUCAGGACAUGAGUGUAACUAUAAUAUAUUAUAGAUAGUCCUCAGUGUAAAAUCACAAUUGGGACCAUAAUUUCCAUGGCUAAAAAAGGCAGUGGUAAAGUGGGCCCUGCCCAAUUUUAUAGCUUUUUUUUGCCACUUUAAGCAAAUCACUGCAGUUGUAAAGUGAAUCUGGCUUCCUCCAUUGACUUUGCUUGUCAGAAG